AUGGUCGUUAAUGGCGGCAGGAAAUUGAAGUACUUAUACGCUAUUUCCGUGGCUAUACCCAGCAUCACACACAUCCCAGCUUCACAUCAAAAGUUAUCAAAAGUUAAAGUUCUGGUCUUCGAUCAUACAUAUCUUCGCAAUAUCUCUCCAAUAGCGAAUAAUGCGGAAGAAGUUGCACAAACUAUGUAUGCUACUCACACCAAAAUUCAUACGCUUCUUUCUGAGUAUUGUGAAUUCCGGGGAAAUAUGCCCUACCAUCACUUUAUUGACUUUAAGAACCAAUGUGCUCGUUAUGAAUUUGUUGGACCUCAAUCUGAUUGGCGAUCACCCCUUUCUUUGGUUUUGGAGGGCAGGUAUUUGUCACAAGAUAGUACUUUCGAUAUUAUGGGAUUACCCCUUCGAGACGUUCUAGAAAAUGGCGUAGGCAGCGGUUUAUCCACGAUCCUUUUAGGUUCUGAGUUUCACAAUGAACCUGCUAGUCGUGCUAAUCACAAUUUGAUCUCGAUUGUAUGGCAUGCGGAAAUCGAGCACCAAAAGCGUGGCCUUUCUCACAUCAAUUUUGUGUUCGCUUACUCGGUGCCUGCAUCGUCUCUUCCCGUCUGA